CUGAUGCAGCUCGCAGUACAGGCUGAGUCGACGCUGCCUUGGUAACGCCACACAUGCGGCGCACGAGCUGGGGACCCAGAUUUCCUGAUUUCACAGGCUUCUUCCUACACUCUUCUCCUCCAUCCAUUCCCCCCUGUUUCUCCCAUCAGCAGUCAAUCGGGCGGCUGUGCCACCACUGUUAUGGACCCGUGGAAAUGCAGACAGGGCUGAAAAAGACGGAGUGAAAAAUUAAAAAGAAGAAAAGAGAACUUGAAGCGGCGCACAGGCAGGUGAAUCACCAUGCCAUUGGUAAAACGCAGUAUAGAGCCUAGACACCUGUGUCGAGGUGCAGUACCUGAUGGAGUCACCAGUGAACUGGAGUGUGUUACCAACAGCACCCUCGCUGCCAUCAUCAAACAGCUUGGUAGCCUCAGUCGUCAUGCGGAGGACAUCUUUGGAGAGCUGUUCAAUGAAGCCAACAGCUUCUACAUGAGAAUGAACAACCUACAGGAGAGAGUAGACAUACUGGCUGUCAAAGUCACACAGCUAGACUCCACCGUGGAAGAAGUCUCUCUGCAGGACAUCAACAUGCGUAAAGCGUUUAAGAGCAGUACCAUCCAGGACCAACAGGUGGUCUCACGGACCUCAGUCCCCAACCCUGUGGUAGAGAUGUACCAUCGCUGUGACAAACCUCCACCUCUCAACAUACUCAGUACCUAUAGGGAUGAUAAGAAGGAUGCGUUGAAGUUCUACACAGACCCCUCCUACUUCUUCAUGCUGUGGAAAGAAAAGAUGCUGCAGGCCACGGAGGACAAGAGGAAGGAGAAGAGAAGACAGAAGACCAGCUGUCCGACCCACUCUGACCAGGGUAGACCCCACAGCAGACAGGCUCCACCUCGCAGCCCACUACCCAGCUCCGAGCAACACAAACAGGUAGAGGACCCGGGGAGGGAGGUGAAGAAGGUUCGUAAGGCCCGUAAUCGCAGACAGGAGUGGAAUAUGAUGGCUUAUGACAAGGAGUUCCGCCCCGAUACCAGACUAACCCCCUCACCCUAUCACGGAAUGUCCUCCGAGGGGUCGCUAUCACCCGAUAACAGGUCUGUGGCAUCAGACAUGGGUGAGCUCUCCUACCCGUCCAGCCCUAACCACCCCUCCCAGCCCCCCUCCGCCCCCCACCCCAUCGACAGGUCCCCCACCUCACUCAGACACCACAGACCCAGUCCUUAGACAGGGGUGGGUACCCUCGACCUUAACCUCCCC